CAAACCCUAAAAAUCUAAAACCCUAACCCAUUUCUGUUUCUGCUUUCUGUUUUGGACCCUCCAAAUAUUGCUAAUUUCUUUUCCCAACCUCUUCCAUCUCCAUCACCCACCACCCGUCUUUAUCAAACACAACUAUUUUUUUCCCUUCUCCCUCAAGAAAGCAAUAACUAAUCUUAUUGCAUCUUCCCGACUAUAAAUACAUAGCCAUCUCCACCACCUCACUCCAUCAUACUUUGCCCACCAAGAAACAUAGCUUUUCAAAACUCAGAUUCCCUCUCCCUCUCUAAGAAACAUCGCCUCUAGAUUUGGGUUUUGUUGUCUCCCCCUUUGGAAAUGGAUAACAGUAACCCUAAUGGCAAUCGGAAGAGACCCCGAGAUGAUGAUGACCCCGCCGGCUCGGGACGGAACGAUUUAGCUGAAUUCCGUCCUGAGGCGAAACUCAUCCGAGUUGAUUCGAGCAGCUCGAUCGACUCCGAUGCUAGUUCCGGCGAGUCCGCUGCCCGAGUUAACCCUGUUGACUCGGAGGAGUUCGACAUGGGCUCGGCCGAGGCGAAGAUAAUUCAGCAAGACCUGCUGAACAUACUGAACGACUCGGAAACCGUGACGGACCAUGACCCGGCGAUUCAGGGGCUGGACUCAUUGAUUAAGAGCUUUGAGGAGGAGAUAAAAGUUCCGGCACCGGCAUUUGCUCCUCCGGUUGAAACUACGUCGGCCUCGGGAGAGAUGUCGCCGUCGUCGCAGCCUGAUCUCGGUUACUUACUGGAGGCUUCGGACGACGAGCUCGGACUCCCGCCGACGAACAAUGAACCUCCGAGCGAGGACAGGAAAAUGGAGGCAGCGGAUUUCACGGCAAGACCUCCGGCGGCCGCAUUGGAUGGUAUGCUAGGGUUUGAGAACGACAUCAUUCCGCGUUACGAUGCGUUCGAUUUCGGAAUGGGUGGGUACUCGGAGAGUAAUGGCGUCGGGGAGUACGUGCCGUUAGGUGGCUUGUUUGACUACUCUGACGGCGGCGCGUCGGAGGUGCCGUGGCGGAUGGAGUCGCUUUCUGCUCUGUAGAAAUUAAAUAUUUGAACGGGUUUUCUGGGUUGCUUUUGCACGCGACCCGUGAACGGUUUCGAUAGGUAGAGAGCUGUAGUUGUUGAUAUCAGAGAGGUUGUAACUGUAAGUAAACUCAGAAAGAAAGAAAAGAGAUGAAACGGGAACAUGAAAUUUGGACGGGAACAUGUUUGAUUUUUGGCA